AUGUUACCGCAACACAACAACGAAAGACUCGAUCCAAUGAUUGAAGACAAUGACAACGUUGAAAACCAUGAAGAUCCAACCAUUGAUCUCCAAUUCCACAAUCGACAAGCAUACGUCUUGGGUCUCGCAGCCAUGAAGCGAAUGAAAAAGUCCAACGUUUUGAUCUGUGGGUUGGGUGGUCUCGGAGUAGAGAUUGCAAAGAAUGUAAUCCUCAUGGGUGUACGAAGUGUCACUUUGUUUGACACCAAGAAUGUUUCAAUGGAAGAUCUCUCCUCUCAAUUCUAUGCUUCCGAAAAGGAUUUAGGAAAGAAUAGAGCUCUCGUCUCUUUGCAACAAUUGAAAAGUCUCAACGAUUAUGUUCCUGUCCAAGCGAUCGGUGAGCAAAAAGGCGAGCUUUUAAACGAAGAGUUCAUCACCAGUCGUUCCAUCCAUGUAGUGGUUUGUACAGACAUUCACAUUCCUCAACUUGUCGAAUUGAAUGACAUUUGUCGUAAACAUUCGAUCAAGUUUAUUGCGUGUGAGAGUAGAGGUUUGAUGGGUUCUGUGUUUUGUGAUUUUGGAAGUGAAUUUAUGGUCUAUGAUGAAGAUGGAGAAAAUCUCGUAUCCAAUAUUGUCACAGAUAUUACAAAUGGAAAUCCAGCGACAGUGACUGUUCACGCAGGAAACGCCACUCAUGGUCUCUAUGAGGGUGAUUUUGUUCAAUUUAAAAACAUUGAAGGCAUGGAUGAAAUCAAUAAGGUCCAAACACCUAUCAAAGUUUUGGCAUGUGGAAAACAUACGUUCAAGAUUGAUCUCGAUACCACUUCAUUUGGAGAGUAUAAAUCUGGAUCGAGUGGUUAUGUGACACAAGUCAAAGUUCCCAAACAACAUUCGUAUCAAUCCUUGAAGGAACAAUUAGCAAAUCCCUCCUGCAUGGAUUUCGAUUUUGCCAAGUUGGGAAGACCACAUCAAAUUCAUGUGGCCAUGUUGGCUCUGAGUGAAUUCGAAAAGAGACAUCAUUGUCUUCCAAAAUCUUACAAUAUGGCCGAUGCUGAACAAUUGUUUGAAAUUGCAAAGGAAAUUGUCACAGAAAUUCAUCCUUCUCUCUCCUGUCAUUUGAACGAGAAAAUUGUGAAACUCUUGGCUUUUACAAGUCGAGGAAAUUUAAAUCCAAUGGCUGCAUUCUUGGGUGGAAUGGUGGCUCAAGAAGUUCAAAAAGCCUGCAGUGGAAAAUUCUGUCCAUUGAAUCAAUUUUUGCAUUUUGAUGCAUUAGAGUGUUUACCUGAAGAUGAGAAAUUAUAUCCAACGGAAGAAGAAUGUCGACCAUUGGGUUCAAGAUACGACGGCCAAAUUGCAGUCUUUGGAAAGAAUUUCCAAUCCAAAUUGGGAGAUGUUAAGGAAUUUAUUGUGGGAGCAGGUGCUCUUGGAUGUGAAAUUUUGAAAAAUUACGCCAUGAUGGGUGUUGGAUGUGGACCUCAUGGAACCGUAUACGUGACUGAUAUGGAUUCGAUUGAAAAAUCAAAUCUUAGUCGUCAGUUUUUAUUUCGAUUCAAACAUCUUGGCCAUCAAAAGUCCACCACUGCAGCUGCUUCUGUGAAAGCAAUGAAUCCAUCCUUUAAUGUGAAGGCCUUUCAAGAAAAAGUGGCACCAGAAACCGAAGAUACCUUUCAUGAUCAAUUUUGGGAAGAAUUGACUGGAGUGACCAAUGCUUUGGAUAAUAUUCAGGCACGACUUUAUGUUGAUUCCAAAUGCGUUUUUUAUGGAAAACAUCUCAUUGAGUCAGGAACGCUUGGAACUAAAGGAAAUACUCAAAUUGUCAUUCCAUUCAAAACAGAGAAUUAUGGAGCAACAAGGGAUCCUGAAACACCUGGAAUUCCACUCUGUACUUUAAAGAAUUUUCCUAAUGCUAUUGAACACACCAUUCAAUGGGCGAGAGAUGAAUUUGAAGGACUAUUUAAUAAGACUCCAAUUGAUGUGAAUGCCUAUGUCACCAAAUCCAAUUACAUUAAGGAACUUGAAACUCUAUUUGCGAAAAAGAUGGUCCUGGAAAAUGUCUAUGAAUCUCUUGUGACACACAAGCCGAUCUCAUUUGAAGACUGUAUUGCUUGGGCAAGACUUAAAUUUGAUCAAUUAUUCAAUCACAAAGUUCGUCAAUUGCUCUACAAUUUCCCUAUCGAUUAUGUAACUUCGACUGGAACACCUUUUUGGGGAGGAGCCAGAAGACCUCCAAUUCCUCUACAAUUCGAUCCAAAUGAUUCACUGCAUUUAGAUUUUAUUGUCUCUGCAGCAAAUUUACGAGCAUACGUAUUUGGAUUGAAUGGUCAUGGAAAGGAAGACUAUGAUUUCAAGUCAGUACUUUCAAGAAUUUCCAUUCCAGAAUUCACACCAAAGAGUGGAUUGAAAAUUCAAAGUGAUGAAAAAGAAAACAAAGAACCUGAACAAGAAUUCUCAGAUCAAGACGAAAGAGAAAUGAAACAUCUUCAAGGAAACGUUCCAAAACCAAAUGAAGUGGUAGGAUUUCACAUGAAUGUUAUUGAUUUUGAGAAGGACGACGACACGAAUUAUCAUAUCUACUUUAUCACAGCAACAAGUAAUUUGCGAGCAAGAAAUUACAAAAUUCCUGAAGCAGAUAAGCAUACAACGAAAGGAAUUGCUGGAAAUAUUAUUCCUGCCAUGGUGACAACAACAGCACUGGUAACUGGUCUUGCAGGUUUUGAAUUUUACAAGCUCAUGCAAGGAUUUGACAAGCUUUCUUACUACAAGAAUGCGUUUGUGAAUAUUGCGCUGCCGUUCAUGACUCUCACAGAGCCAAUUCCACCACAAACAGCUCCUUACAUGGAUGAAAAAACUAUUUCAAUUUGGGAUCAUAUUGUUGUAGAUGAGAAAAGAGAUGUCACAUUGGCAGAGUUGAUUGAAAUUUUCAAGGACAGAUUUGGACUUGAAAUUAGCAUGAUCUCAUCAGGAAAAUGCAUGGUGUAUAAUUCGUUUGGCGACGCUAAAGCCAAUGAAGAAAAAUUGAAAACUCCUGUAAGCAAAGUGUUCGAAUCGAUCACAAAGACAAAUCUUUCUUCCAAGCGUAAAUACUUGUCAAUGGAGGUGGCUUGUGACAAUUGUGAAUACGUUCCAACUUUGAAGUACAAAUUCAGACCAUAA